AUGGCCUCUGGAGUUUCUUUUACUAAUAACAGCAUUUCAAGGCCCCAAACACAUGCCAGGACAUGCCUGUGUUCACCCUCAAGACACCCAGGCUCCUUCAGGUGCAGCAUCCACAGGAACCCCAAUCGAACCCCGGCUCGUGUCUCGCCAAAUGAAUGGGAAAUGAGCAUGAUCAAGAAGGUUUUGCUUCAAAUUGUCAAACCAUCAAAUCAUGAUAAACAGAAGAGGAGGAAGAGGAGGAGGGAUUUCCAGCCCCAGCCCAGCAGGUUUUGCUUGAUGAAUGGCAAUAAUGGAGCUGGGGCUAUUACAGUCUCUUGA